UGAAGCUGAGAGAGAUAAUUCUUGAGGUGCAAGACAAAUAUGUGGCCACUAUUAGUGUUGGUCUUGCUGCUAGAGCCAAAAAAAGGCUAUGGAGGUAGUUCAAGGGAGUCAUAAACUACAAUUCAAGAGGCUGCAUGAUUUUUGUUUUGAGGUGUUGAGAUCAAAUCCUGGAAGCAGUUGUAGUGUAUCUGCAAUCUUACCUUCGUCAGAAGGACCAUCAAGAAGUUUGAUGCCUGUUUUUGAUAAUAUUUACAUAUGUCUUGAAGCAUGCAAGAAAUCAUUUGCUACAUGUAGACCAAUAAUUGGAAUUGAUGGUUACUUUCUCAAAGGAAUUUACGGUGGACAACUACUAACAGCAGUAGGAAGGGACCCUAAUGACCAAAUGCUCCCCAUUGCAUUCGCUGUUGCUGACAAGGAAACAAGGGCAACAUGGAGAUGGUUCCUUCAGAGACUCCUCGAAGAUAUUGGUUCACACAGAGAUCAUAGAUGGACAUUUGUUAGUGACCAACAAAAGGUAUGUUAUUCAUUAUAAUUGCUCAUCCUUAGUAGUGUAUAUAUAAUUAUUUACUGAUGCAGUGCUAUAUAAUGCAGGGACUAGGUUUAGUUCUGGAUGAAGACUUGCAGGGUGUGGACCAUAGAUUCUGCGUAAGACAUGUAUCAAAAUUUCAAAAAAGUUUUCCCAGGGAUGUAGUUGAAGGAACUAAUGUGGAAGGCUGCAAAAGCAACAUAUCCACAAGAAUGGCUAAGGGUAAUGAGAGAAAUUGAACAGGUCAACACUAGUGCUUUUGCUAUACUAAUGGGUAUUGAACCCAGAUUCUGGACUAGGUCCCAUUUCAAUGGUUAUCCUAAAUGUGAUACAUUGGUUAAUAACAUGUCGGAGACAUUCAAUAGUGUUAUUUUGGGUGCUAGGGAGCUUCCUAUAGCUUCAAUGUUGGAAGCAAUCAUAAACUAUUUAAUGAGCAGAUGGGCAGACAACAGAGAAAAGAUUCAUAAAUUUGAAGGCAAUGUCCUUCCAAGGAACUAGAAAGGGUUGAUAGGAACUGGACAAUGAGUGGAAAAUGGGUAGCUAGGUGGGUUGGGAACUCUAAGUUUGGGGUUUCAUCAAUGCAAGACACUUUCACAGUUGAUCUCGAUGCCAAAGAGUGUAGUUGUAGGCUGUGGGACUUGACUGGUAUUCCCUGCAGCCAUGCUAUUAGUUGUAUCAAUUUCAAAGAAGAAAUUGUCGAGAGUUAUAUACCUGAUUGCUUCAAGAAAGAGGCAUAUGUUGAAUGUUACGCACCACUGGUUUUGCCUAUGAAUGGUCCAAAGUUGUGGCAAGACACCAGAAUGCCUGAUAUAUUGCCUCCACCAAUAAUCAAGAGACCUAGAAGGCCAAAAAAAAAGAGGAGAUUAGCUGAAGAUGAAGUCACACCUUUUGGUAGGUUGAGGAGGUUAUCUAACCACAUGAGGUGUGGUAGAUGUGGGAUACUUGGGCACAAUAGGAGAGGUUGCAGAUCAGAUUUAUCAAAAACAAAUGCAAUAGGGAAUAUUGAGGGCACAAGUGCAGGCAGAGAUAGGGGAGCUUCAAGUGCAGGCAUAAAUAUGGGAGUUUCAAGUGCAGGUUUAAAUAUAGGAGUUUCAAGUGCGAGCAGAGAUGGAGUGCAUGUUCAAAGAACACAAGCAAGUCAAAGAGGCAGAGGUAGGGGUGCAGUAAGAGGAGGAAGGACUACUUUAAGUAGAGGUGGUUCAGGUAGAUCACUAAGAGGAGGAAGGGUAAACAGAGGUGGGACUGCCUCGACUAGUGCGACACUACCCAAUAUGAGUGGUCAAUUUAGUGGAGCUUCAAGUGCAGGUGGUUCACAUGUUCUCGGGUGUAGUCCAAAUCAAGCUAACAAUCCAAGAAGAUUAAAGCUACUUUCAAGAAGAAUUCAGCCCCACAUGUAGAGUUAUCUAGAUUCCAACAUUAACAAUCUAUCUGGUGGACCAAAUGAGGCUGCAAGUUCAAGUUACAAUGAUACCAGCAAUGUCACUUUUUUCAGAGGUGAAAAUAACACUUUUGAUGAAGACAUUGGUUUCUCUCUGUCAUUCCCAGGGGUGGUGGAUGUGGACCCUUUUGAGCAAGCAGCGGGACAACCAUCCUAACAAUCUGUUGUUAGGGAUUAGCUGUAUCAAUACUAUAUUCAGGAUUGUU